AUGAGUUUCUAAGGAUUUUUGGUUAAGAAAACUGUCUAACAAUUUCCAAUAAGAUAAAAGCCUGUAUAUUACGAUGAUUUCACUGAUUAAAAUUUUGUUCUUUUUAUAAACAAAAAGUUAGCUGAUAUACGAUGUAUUAGAUGAAUAUAUUAGUUUAAAGUGGCAGCAACGAUUUAUCAGCUAAACGAAUAAUGAACUUAAAAAUAAAAAUUCCAAAAGAUAAAAAUACAGAGGGAUAGAAAAUAAAAAGAAAAGCUUCUAUAAAACAUAAGUCUUUAUCAGUUUAGAAAGAUGAUUUAGAAAAAAAGUUUAGGUACAAAUUUAGAUCACCACCAGUAAAACCAGAAGUUAGACUAGCUUCCUAUUUAAAUGAUGAAUUACUUAAAUAACAUCAAAUUAGUCCAUUGUAUUAGGAAUAUAAAUUAGCAAAUUUAAAAGCUAACUUAGUAAAAUUAUAAGCUAAGAAAUCAUAUUAAUUAAAUGAAUUAAAUCAUGUAGAAUUAGAAGAUGAAGAAUAAGUGAAAUAUUUUUUAACAGAAAUAUGUAGAAAUCAUCCUGAAAUUGAUAUAGGAAAAUUGUUGAAAGUAGAAGUAGAAAAAAAAGAAUUAAAAUUAGAUAAUUAAGAAUAAAUUUUAAAAGAACUUAUAUAGAAAAGAAUUAAAUAAGAAGAAUUAGAAUAAUUGAUGAAAUUAGAUAAAUAAUAUAAUUAAAAUCUUGUCAAUAUUUAUAAAGAAACAAGAUAUGAUUAAUUUGAACCAGAAUUUAAAAAAUAAGGAUAAAUUAAUAUGUGUAAAAUCAAAAAAUAAAAAGAAAUUUAAGAUAGAAUGUUUGCUGAAAUUUUUAAAUUUAAAUCUCAUCAUUCUUCAAAGAAUAAUACUAAAAAACAUUUCUUUCAUUUGAAAAAUAAAACUCCAGAAUCAAAACAUAAAGUUACACUUUCAUAAUAAUUUACACCAACAAAUAAUAUUUUUAUUUCUUAACCAACUACAGUAUAAAUGUCACCAUAAACAUCUAUGCAUUAAGAAUUUAAACCAAGUUAAAUGACAACUUCAAUAGGUACUUUUAGUGAUAGUAGAUUUCCAAUUAAUACUUAAAAUACUGAUUUUAGUUAAAAAAUUAAGACAAUUAUGGAUAAAUGUGAAUUAUUUGAAGAUGAACAUAAAAUAUCAAAUUAAAUAUUAAGAAAGAGAAUAAAUUUAAUGGGAAAAGAAUUGCAUUCAUAUUUUGAUACAGCUAGAAGUAGAUAUAAAAAUCAAGAUAUGGAAAUAGAUUCUAAUGAUGGAUUUGAUAGAUUUUUAUAAGAAAACUAAUUUAAAAGAAAAUUAAUAGAAUUUUAGGUUAGUUAAGUGUAAAAUUUACAUGAAGUACUUAGUCAAAAAGCCAAAAGAGAAUUAACUAAUAAUUUUAUGAGUUCUGAUUAAGAAAAGUAAAAAUUAUUUUGA